CUGUUGCCAGCCAGGUUGAUGGUGUCACACUUGAUGUCACUAGGGCAUCACCACACCACCUUCCUGAAUCUAACGGGUGUCUGCUCGCUUUAUGACACAAUAAGGCGCUAUUAAAGCAUGUCCACUCCAGCGAGACGGCGACUCAUGAGAGACUUCAAGAGACUUCAAGAAGACCCUCCGACUGGUGUCAGCGGUGCACCUUCAGAAAAUAACAUCAUGCUGUGGAACGCUGUGAUUUUUGGGCCUGGAGGAACUCCAUUUGAAGAUGGAACUUUCAAGCUAGUUAUUGAAUUUUCAGAAGAAUAUCCCAACAAGCCUCCUACAGUUCGCUUUAUAUCCAAAAUGUUUCAUCCAAAUGUAUAUGCAGAUGGCAGUAUAUGUUUAGACAUUCUGCAGAAUCGCUGGAGUCCCACAUAUGAUGUUUCCUCCAUACUGACAUCCAUACAGUCUCUGUUGGAUGAGCCAAACCCGAACAGCCCAGCGAACAGUCAGGCCGCACAACUCUAUCAGGAGAACAAACGUGAGUACGAGAAGAGAGUGUCUGCUGUCGUAGAGCAGAGCUGGGUUGACUCGUAAUGUCACAUCAGCAAACAUCUCUGACAAGUGCCACCAACACUCAAUUAAUAUGAAGAAAACAACAAUAUUUGUGUGCUUAUUUAUUGUUUUGAACUGCAUGAUUAACUCAAUUUGACAUGUACUACAGUUGGAUUGAUGCAGUUGAUGAUUUAAAGGAAUGCCGAUUGUUGGCAAAGAUUUCCAAGUUAUUCUCCUUAUUAAUAUAUUUCAAAACAUCUCGAGAUGCUUCAACUUAUCAAGGGUUGACAGAAAUCUUUGAAAGAUCUUACAUGCCAGGGGCGUGGCCAGAAGGGUUUCACAGGGUGGCAGCUGCCACCCUAAAAGUUAGCUUUGCCACCCCAACUCGGACCUAGCUCGCAUAAUGGAGACAGUGCACAACGGCUUUAUCAGACACAAGUGCACAAGGUUAUGCAACCCCCCUGGUCGAAUGACAUUAAUGGCUGUCACCCCUCACUACACUCUUGCACCCCCUUUGCCACCCUGUGAAUAAAAUCCUGGACAUGCCCCUGACAUGCGUUUGGCUCUUUACACUCAUGUGUUUGUGCUUCAGAUUCAAUA